AUGGAUCAGAUAACCAAUGUUUCUGAGUAUGAAGCAAUUGCAAAGAAGAAUUUGCCGAAGAUGGUCUAUGACUACUAUGCAUCCGGUGCAGAGGACCAGUGGACUCUUAAGGAGAACCAACUCGCAUUUUCUAGGAUCUUGUUUGGACCUCGAAUUCUUAUUGAUGUAAGCAAGAUAGACUUUAGCACAACUAUAUUGGGGUUCAAAGUUUCAAUGCCAAUCAUGAUUGCUCCUACAGGCAUGCAGAAGAUGGCUCACCCUGAAGGAGAGUGUGCAACCGCAAGAGCAGCAUCUGCAGCUGGCACAAUUAUGACACUGUCCACUAUGGCUAAUUCCAGCAUUGAAGAAGUUGCCUCAACAGGACCUGGUAUUCGCUUGUUCCAACUCUAUGUGUUCAAAGACAGGAAUCUGGUAGCACAGCUUGUCGAUAGACGGGCUGAGAGGGCUGAUUAUAAGGCGAUAGUCCUCACUGCUGACACCCCAAGGCUUGGGCACAGGGAGGCUGAUACCAAGAACAGGUAUUUUACAUCAAGUACCGGAGAAAUUGGUAGACCAGUGGUGUUCUCAUUAGCUGCUGCCGGUGAGGCUGGUGUGAGGAAAGUACCAAUGCUUCGUGAUGAGCUGGAGCUAACAAUGGCAUUAAGUGGUUGCUGCUCGUUAAAGGACAUCAGGCGAGACCACAUUGUGACAGAAUGGGACGCUCCUCGAAAUAUUGCUCCCAGAUUGUAAAAUAGUGUGCUUGAUUCUUGUACCAGAUGAGUCUUUUUUGUUAUAGAUUUUAGUGAGGAGAACAAAUCCAGCACACCAAACAGUCUAGAGAGAAGUCACGCUGGUUAAUGCACAUUGCACAACCAUCGCUGUUGUCAGGUCCCCGGUCACAGCACAAAUAUCUCCGGCAAUGUUGUUGUCUCAACGAUCUUCUCUAUUAACUUUGAACAUAGCCAUCCAGUUAUAUGGAUCAACGUCGCUCAUGUGUUGAGUUGUAGCUGUCAGUACUCAUUAGCCUGGACUUUUAUUUAGGGGUAUAUAGAGAACCUCAACUUAUAAUUGUUCUUUGUUUCUUGAUUCAUGAUGAAGAAAACACAAGAUUAUUUACAAGGUUAAUAAACUAAAGGGAAAGUCUCCCUAAAACGAAACUAGAAAAAGAAGACCAGACCAUCACAGGGCAGAUUUAAUGUCAAUGGCAUUCGCUUUCAGCAUA